AUGGCCUCUUCCUUCCUCAGAAGGAAGGUGGUGCACAGUCGAGAUUGGAGGAAUCACAGCUUUGUAACUGAAUUUAUCCUCUUGGGCUUCUCCAGGAACCCCAGAACCAACUGGAUCCUUUUCUUCUUCUUCCUCUUCCUCUACCUAUUUACAGUCCUGGGCAAUGGGCUCAUUGUUACCCUGAUCAGAGUAGAUGCCCGACUCCACACGCCCAUGUACUUCUUCCUCAGUAUCCUGUCCCUGCUGGAUCUCAGCUAUGCCACCACCACUGUGCCCCAGAUGUUGGUCCACCUAGUAAGCAAAAAUAAGACCAUCUCUUACGUUGGGUGUGUGGUCCAGAUGUACAUUUUUCUGACGUUAGGCAUCACCGAGACCUGGAUUUUUGCCGCUAUGGCCUAUGACAGGUAUGUUGCCAUAUGCUAUCCACUCCACUAUGGGGUUCAGAUGAGCCAAACACUAUGUAUCCUUCUGGCGGUCAGCUCGGCUCUUUGUGGUCUCAUCUGUGCCCUUGUCUACACCGUCUUUGCCAUGAAUCUGCCUUACUGUGGCCCCAAUGAGAUCAACCACUUCUUUUGUGAAAUUCCUGCUGUCUUGAAGUUGGCCUGUGCAGACACAUCCCUCAAUGACCAAGUGGACUUUAUCUUGGGUUUCAUCUUGCUUCUGAUUCCAUUAUCCCUCAUCCUGGCCUCGUAUAUCCGGAUCUUCAUGUCUAUUCUAAGGAUCCGUUCCACACAAGGGCGGAUAAAGGCCUUCUCCACUUGUGCCUCACACAUCACUGUGGUCACCAUGUUCUGUAUUCCAUGCAUGAUCAUGUAUAUGAGGCCUGGUUCCGAGGCCUCCCCAGAAGAUGAUAAGAAGUUGGCCUUAUUCUAUAAUGUCAUUUCUGCCUUUCUUAACCCUAUUAUUUAUAGCCUUCGGAACAAGGAUGUGAAGAGGGCUUUCUUAAAGUUGGUUGGAGUGAGUGAGAAUGUGUAA